CUUCAUUUCAGGGCUUCUUCUUCCGUGGACAGAGGUAGUUUACUUGAUUUCCCUGUGUUAUGACCAUGCUUUUUUUCCCAAUGCCAACAGUCCUUUGCAAAAUACCGAGGCUGUCCUUUUCUGUCCAUGUGUGACUCGUUAUUUCCAGACUGUGUGAGUUGGAUAAUUCUAAUUCUGACAUCUUCUAUGCACAAGUUGGCAGUCACUGACAUAAAAACUUGUUUUGUGUGUGUUUAUACGAACAGGAAACAAAGAUGAGGAGGGUGCCAGAGGAAGAGCUUUGACCCUCCGCACUCCACGCAGGCAGUGAGAAGCCGCCGAAGCCAUGACAGGAGCAGAGGAGAAUCAUGCUCUGUUUGGGCUGGGUGUUCCUUUGGUUUGUUGCGGGGGAGCAGACUUCAGGGUUUAAUCAUUCAGCUUGUGCCACCAAGAACAUUCUGUGGAUAUAUUCUUUGGGAAGUGUGAAGGAUCUUGUCCUAUUUUGUGACUUACAAGAGCUUCGGAAGCAAGAUUUCUCCCAUGUCAGUCAAACGUCACCAACAGGAGGCCCUGCUCACACACGCUGCAGUGGUCAUGAGAACCUAGCUGCUGUCCAGUGGUACAAGCAGCCUCAGCAUGGAGGGCCGCUGGAGGAGAUCAGCAGAGGCUCUGCUCAUGUGCAGGACAAAGGUGUGCUGCAGAUAGUGGCCUCACGGGAAAACAGUGUUUCAUCAUAUAUUUGCAGACCCAGAAUUAGGAGCCCCCAGGAUACAGCUUGCUGCAUCAGGACAGUCUUAAAGGUUAAGCCUCGGAGAAAUGAGUCCUGUGGGGACAAAGCACAAGCGGAGCAAAUCCUGUUUCUUGGUAGCACCGGCUCCAUUCACUGCCCCAGCCUCAGCUGCCAGAGUGACCUGCAGCGCCCGAGGAUGACCUGGUACCAGGAUGGGAGACUCCUGCGUGACUAUAAAGAAAAUCCAAUUGAGAUGGAGGCUAUCUACGAUUUUCACGAGGGCCUGUAUGUGUGUGAUUACGCGCAGUCGGAUAACCUGAGCUCCUGGACAGUCCGAGCUGUGGUCCGGGUGAAAGCCAUUGAAAAGGACAUCAACCUGAAGCCGGACAUCCUGGAUCCCGUCACGGACACGCUGGAAGUGGAGCUUGGGAAGUCUUUAACUCUACGUUGCAAAGUACAGUUUGGCUUCCAAAAAGAUUUAAAGCCUGUAAUAAGGUGGUAUGCCAAAGAGUCGCCUCGGGAGUGGGAGCUCCUGGAAUCUGAAAACAAAAGCACCGACUCCACGGCCAAGAGCAAAGUCAUCGAAGCCACCACCUUCCUGAGAGAAGUCACGUGGCGAGAUCUCCGCAGAGAGUUCGUGUGCUUUGCCCAGAACUCCAUCGGGAACACAACACGGAGUGUGCAGCUGAGGAAGAAGGACGGAGCCGUGUUUGUGCCCCUCCUCCUCGGCACGGCUGUGGUGCUGGUUGGCCUUCUGGUGGCAGCUGCCUUGCUCUACUGGUACUGGAUUGAAGUUGUCCUGCUGUGUCGAACCUGCAGGAGCAAGGAUGGCACUCCAAGGGAUACGAAGGAAUUUGAUGCAUUUGUAUCCUAUGCACACUGGAGUUCUCCAGAGAGGGAGGACACCGGAUCUGUGAGUGAGGAGCACUUGGCCCUGAACCUGUUCCCAGAAGUGCUGGAAAACAGAUAUGGAUACAGCUUGUGUUUGCUUGAAAGAGAUGUGACUCCGGGAGGAGUGUACGCAGACGACAUUGUGAGUGUCAUCAAGAGAAGCCGAAGAGGAAUAUUCAUCCUGAGCCCCAGCUAUGUCAACGGACCCUGCAUCUUUGAGCUACAAGCAGCAGUGAGCCUUGCCUUGGUUGAUCAGACGCUGAAAUUGAUUUUAAUUAAAUUCUCUUCCUUCCAAGAACCAGACUCUCUACCCGAGCUUGUCAAGAAGGCCCUGCGGGUUCUCCCCACAGUCACAUGGAAAGGCGUGAAGUCAGCCCACGCUAGUUCCAGGUUCUGGAUGCAAGUGUGUUACCAUAUGCCUGUGAAGAACUCCAGUGGGUUUGUGUUCAAUAGACUCUGAGCUAUCCUGAGGGGGUUCUCCCCCGGAGAGGACCUGGUAGGACAGAAGCCAGCGGGAGGAGUGCCCAGCCCAGGGACCCCUCCUCUCUAGCCACCAGAAGAAGUGCUGAUGGAUGGAGCCCGCUGCCUGGACCCGGCUGGUAGGAAGCUGGCUCCUCCUUCGCUCAGCGCCCAGCCAGCUUGGCAGGCAGCGGGAUGAAGCAGCAGCUGAGGUUUGGGGUCGGAGUUCCUGGAACCAGAGGGAGGGUAUCCAGACCUCUGCAGGCACUCAGCUCACACUGCCGGAGAGUAUCAGCUCCAUGCGUUGUCCAGCAUGCCAGCGUGCCUGCUUUGUACUGUGUGUAUGAAUUUAUCAGAUAUAUGUGCGAAUGUAUGUGUGUGUGCAAUCAGAUAAAUGUGAUUCUGUUUUACUAGA